CCCCCGGCUCCGCCCGUCGCCGGCUGCCUCCCGUCGCCGCUCAGCUCCGCACCGCUCCGCUCCGCACCGCUCCGGGCGGCGCCCAUGGGCUGCGGCAACUCCACGGCCGGCGGCGCGGGCGGGCGAGGUGCCACAGGGACUACUAAAGAUGUUACAGGAUCCAGUUAUUUUAAUUCAAAGGAUUUCUUGUUUCCUGAUGGCGAUUCAUUGCAACUCCAGGAGCCAGGUGGAUUGAGGGAGGACUGGAUCCUGCUCAGAACCCUCCCAGAUGGUGACAGAAUAUCUGAAAGAAGCUGUAUGCUAAUGUGCUCUAUAUCUUUUGGUGUUACAGAGCAGAAGAAUCUGUAUCAGAUGAUGACAAAAGGAGGAACUACGGUGGUGUGUAUGUUGGUCUGCCAUCAGAUGCGGCUGCCAUGGUAUCUAGUCAGACGAAAGCUGCACCAAAAGAAGGAAAUAAACACAGCAAGAUCCAAACAGCUGGAGCAGUCUUCUGCAAAGACCAUUUGCCAGUGCUUUAGCGAGAGUUGUCUUUCUGCUGAAGAUUUUUAUAUUUACAUAGCCUUCCAGAGAGCAAAACAGAUCAGAGCACCAAAAAAUCUAAACUGUUGCAAGUUCCAACUACGGGUAAAGCUUAAAGUACAACAUUGAAUCAGUUUGGUAUAAUGGUUGCAUUAUGGAAACCUCCUGCUGUUCUCCAGUGAAAAUGAAAUUAAGGAACUCAUGGUGGAUGUUUCUGCACAAGAGCUAACUUUGAUGAUCUGCAACUUAUUUCUCUGUGGCCAUAUUGCAGAUUUCAUCAGCUAUCAGCUACGCUUCGUAUAUUUUCUCCAACAAUUUUUGAUAGAUUUUAUAUAGAAAAUCAUUACUCCUGUCCACUUAAUAGUUCCUAUGGUAGGUUCCUAUAAAUUUAUUGUUAAUUUACUUCAGAGUAAUAUAUUUGAAAGGUUUGCAUCUUUUUGGUAAUAUUGCAAAUUUUACUAUUUUUGCUGUGAAAACUUUAGAAUGAAAUAAGCGUAAGACCAUCGGGCUCUUUAUAAUUGCUACCAUCACUUUUAUACAGUGAAAUUAAUAUUAGUGUUUAAUUUUCACCUUUUAAAAAGAUAAUGCUCAAGGAAAUUUAUUUAAAUAAGGACAGUGUAUUUCGUCAUAAUAUGUAUGUCUGUUUUUAUUUUCUUCAGCUUUAUCUCUUUUAUAAAGCAUUACGUGGAAAAAAAUACUAAUGAAACAAACUA